AAAAUCAUCAGUAAAAUAAAAUGUUUAACACACUAAAAAUAACUUUAAAUACAAAACAUUUCAAACAACUCAAACUAUUAAGAAACGCUAUAAGAUCCCUAACCCUUAAAAAAGACUGCAAAGAUGAAACAAAGGAGGAAAAAAAGGAUGUCGGGCCAAAAGAUGGCAAACUAAUAGAUUGCAUAUUAAGCACGUGUAUCCACAAACCUAGUAUUAUCAUAAUAGGGGCUGGAAUGGCAGGUCUUUCGGCGGCCGAAAGAUUAGCAGCUUGUGAUUUGACUAACUUUACUAUCCUAGAAGCUACAGAACGCCCUGGAGGUCGUAUACACUCAUGUUGGAUGGACAACGUCAUCACAGAGUUAGGUUGCUCUCAAAUAACUGGAGCUUCAACAAUUAACUCUGUGUAUAAUUUGGCUGCUCGAGAAGGUUUGAAAACACAAAGAAAUGGUAGCACGAGUUUGGUUUUAACCAGCGAUGGUAAGGCUAUUGAAGACUGCCUUGCUAAUAUGGUCUACAGGGCGUUUUUGCCUAUACAGCUAGAAGCUGGUAAGGUGUUUAGUAUGAAUUGUGGGAAGGACUAUGGGUCUUUAAAGGAUUUUUUGACUUUGAGAAUUGAUCAAGAAAUACAAAAAUUCCCAGAGAAUUUCCGAUAUGACGUCCAUAGAACCUUCUAUGGGUUAUUGAACUGUCUAACCUCAAGUGUUGGUGAAGAUUUGUCAAAAGUGAGCGCUGAUAACUAUGGAAGUAAGGUAUUCAUACCAGGUGGUAAUUGCAUUCUUCCUGAUGGUCUCGUACACGUCUUGACACCACUACUAAAAAAUUUACCAGAGAAAUGCAUUAAAUAUAGGAAACCUGUUGGUAUAAUCAAAUGGGGAGCUGAUUUAAUCAAAACAAAGGGUCCUAGAGUUUUAGUACAAUGCUGUGAUGGUGAAUGUUAUGGAGCUGACUAUGUCAUAGUAACAGUACCGCUAGGUGUUCUAAAAGAUAAAGCUAAUACCAUGUUUUGCCCUAAAUUACCGCAAUGUAAGCUUGAAGCCAUUAAUAAAUUAGGUUUUGGGCAUAUAAACAGGAUUUUUUUAAAGUAUAACCCACCGUUUUGGGUACGUGGUGGCGGAAAUAUUAAUUUAGCCUGGUCCCAUGAUGAGUUACGAGAUCAGAGCAACUGGGCAAAGAGUGUGAGCUGUAUCGAAGAGCUACCAAAUUCAGAUAAAUACCUACAAGUCACCAUAGCCGGUGAAGACGCAGAAUUAAUGGAGGAAGCAACCGAUGAAGAAGUAGUAAAAAGAAUAACAAAACUAUUAAGGCAAUUCACAGGUGAUCCCACCGUACCAUACCCAACCGCCAUAUUACGCUCUACCUGGUCAUCGCAUAGAUACUUCUGCGGCGCCAAUAGCUACAUUAAACUCAACUCGCACAUUGGACACCAAACCGAUUUAGGAAGCCCAAUCCCUGAUAUGCACAGCGAGGAGUGUCCAGUUCUACUUUUUGCUGGGGAAGCAACCAUACCUGGACAUUACGGGACCCUGCAUGGAGCGAGGUUAAGCGGCAUCCGCGAAGCUGAUAGAAUUAUGCAGCUGACCAAGAAAAUGGCCGGACCACCCAUAGCAGCUAAAGCAAUUUGCUAAAUGAUGAAGUGUAGUUUUUCUGUGAGUCCAUAUGCAACAAUAAAG